ACUUGCAAAAAAGCAUGCUACUAACAACCCAGAACCGAUAACCCAAGAAUAACCAACUCUUUGAAACGUUUUCCUUCUCCCCUCUCAUUGAUUUAUUGUAACCAGCAUUGCAUGCUACGUGUUUGAUGAAUUGCUUCAGAGCAAUGCUCAAGAUAAAGCAUCUAGCUUCUAGCUCCAGCCACUUCUCUGCUUUCUUGCACUCUUCAUCUGCACCGAAUGUGCUGAAAACCGGACAGGUUCUGAAGCUAGCCAGAGCAUUUUCAGACUCGGAUGUUGUGGACUACUCCAAGCUAAGCUUGGACGGGAACCCUUUACAUUUCGAACCUGAAUGUGCCAGAAUUGCCGGUUUCGCUGACAGAUUAGUCCCAGGAAUGCUCGUGGCUUCAUUAUUCCCUAGGAUCAUUGCAUUUCAUUUUCCAGGGGCGGUAUACGUUUCACAAACCUUGCAGUUUAAAUUGCCUGCUUAUAUUGGGGAGGAGAUCACCGGUCAAGUGGAGGCGACUAGUAUCAGGAAACUGAAAAACAAAUACGUGGCAAAGUUUUUGACGAAAUGUUUCAAAGAUGAUGAUACUGUGGUUAUCGAUGGCGAGGCCACGGCAAUCUUACCUGCUCCGGCUUAGGAGAAUUCACGGACGAGAGCAUGAACCAUUCUUCCACAUCCCUGGAAGAAGGCUUCAACCGCAAGUUUAACUUCGACAUUCUUAUUUUCAAAUUGUUAUUUGGUGAAUUGAAUUCCCCCUUCUGUAAUCUUCUGAUGUUAAACACUCCAACGAGCGCUUUCCAAUUCUUUUCCAGCUAAGGAAUGAUGCACAGAACUUCAGCUCAUGCUCACAAAAAUGUUAUGGAUUUGCUUA